AUGGAUAAACUUCGUGAAACUGAGGCUGCUCAAGAGAAAGCCGACGAGGCUAAUGAUAAGGUCAAGACCCUGGAACAAGAGAACUUGCAAAAGGAUCAAGAGAUCGCUUCAUUGACCCACAAGAACAGUUUGUUGGAGCAAGAAGUCGAGGAAUUGGAGUCGAAAUUGAACGAUGCCAAGGGAGCUGCUGAAGAGGGAGCUGCUCAUGGUACUCAAAACGAGUCGCUCACUAAGAAGAUUUCUCUGUUAGAAGAGGAAUUGGAGAACUCGGACAAGAAUUUAAGAGAGACUACUGAGAAGCUGCGCCAGACCGAUGUUAAGGCCGAGCAUUUCGAGCGCAAGGUCACUUCUCUUGAGCAAGAGAGAGACGACUGGGAGAAGAAGUUUGAAGAGCUGUCUGAGAAAUACUCUGCUGCCAAGGCCGAGUUGGACGAGAUCACCCAGCAAUUGGAGAGUAUCUAA